AUGAUGAAGAUCAUGAUCCUCUGCUUCCUCCUUAUGAGGAUGUGGGAGCCCCCCGAAGUGAAGGUGACUCGCCAAAAGUCAUCCACGGAGGACGUGGAAACCCUCGUCUGCCGGGCCCACGGUUUCUACCCCAAGGAGAUCGAAGCCGCCUGGACCAGAGACGGGGAGAGCCUGGAACAGGAGACCUUCCGUAGACGUGUGGCCCCCAAUCCUGACUGGACUUACUACAUCUGGAUCUGCAUUGACGUAGACCCCGAGGAGCAGGGCCGCUACCAGUGCCGUGUGGACCAUGCCGGCCUGUCGCAGCCUCUGGGCUUGGCCUGGGAGGAGCCUGUGGGCGAGAGACAGCUGGGGAGGGCACGGAUUGGGGUCUGGAUUCUGAGAAACGACGAACCAACAACUCCCAAAAGCAACCCUCACGUGAGUAUCACCUCUCUCUCUGAAGAAAUGACCAUUAAUACUAGCUGA